AUGCAGGCUUAUUUGGAGGCCUGCAAUUUGUGGCAGGCUAUCGAGGAAGACUAUGAAGUGCUUCCUUUGCCAGAAAAUCCAACCAUGGCUCAGAUUAAAGUUCAUAAGGAGAGGAGAACAACAAAGUCCAAAGCUAAAUCAUGUCUCUUUGCUGCAGUUUCUACCACCAUUUUCAGUAGAAGAAUGAAGGAAUUUGAAACCAUUAAGGACUAUUCUGACAGGUUGCUUCUGAUUACAAAUAAGGUAAGGCCGAUACUUGGAACUGAACUUAAUGACAAUAGAAUAGUUCAAAAGAUUCUUGUAACCUUACCUGAAAGAUAUGAGGCAACUAUUGCUUCAUUGGAAAAUACUAAAGAUCUGUCAAAGCUUAUCUUGGCAGAGUUAUUGAGUGCUCUGCAGGCACAAGAACAACGAAGGAUGAUGAGGCAAGAGGGAUCCAUCGAGGGAGCCCUGCAAGCAAAGUUGCAGUUUGGUUCAGGUACUGCUAAGGGUAAUAAAGGAAAAGAAAAGAAAGAAAGUUAUGGAAACUACGAAGGUACAUCUGCAAAAAAUGCUAUCACCACCGGUAACAACAAAAAAGGCAAAUAUCCUCCUUGUCAACAUUGUGGGAGGAGAAAUCAUCCACACUUCAAGUGUUGGAGAAAGCCUGGUAUGAAGUGCCGAAAGUGUCAAAAGCUUGGUCAUGCCGAGAUUAUUUGCAAAGAGAAGGGUUUACAACAACAAAAUGAAGUACAAAUUGCAGAUGAAGAACGAGAAGAGCAAUUGUUCGUGGCUACCUAUUACGCAAGCAAAAGUUCAAGUGAAAGCUAA